AGACGCGUUCCAGCUGCCGUGGUGGAAAGUCGAAAAUAAUUUCUGUUCGCAUUUUUAUCGCGUUUCCUUCUGUUGUUUCAAAAGAAAGAAAAAAAAUAUUUAAAUUAGUCAGAAAAUAAAUAAAUAGUGUGGAAAUCUAAUUUUCCUUUUUAUUCUCGUGUGAGUGUUUCGUCAGAUUCAACAUCGAAGAAGAAAAUCUAAUCAAGAAUUAAAAGGAAGGAAACGAAGAGACGUCAAAAGUUUUCCAUUUGACCUUAAGGAAGAAAGUUUGUUACGUGUAAAAGCAGAGAGAAAGCUCUAUUAGAUUUUCAUUCCUUCGAGUUUGAAAGUUGUGUUGAUUUCAUUUUCUGCGUAAAUUGUAACUUUUUUCGCGGGUCGAGUUAUCAAAAUUUACAUCUUACAAGCACAUGUGCGGGCUACGAAAUUUCAGAACUCGAAAUAGUCCAUCAAAGAGGACAAGCCUUCGCUGGGGAGACAGUUGCUUCUGCUUCUAAAUUUAUUCUUCUUACACUUGAGCCAACCCACCCACGCGUCAACAUCAUCAUCAAUUAAAUGCAUCAACAAAAGUGAAUAAGAAUAACAAGCUUUACAUUAUACAUUAUUGAAAGAUCAUCUUUCAGAUUAAUUAAAAGCUUCUUUGAAAAGCUCAAAAAAUACUUCAGAAGAAAGCUGAAGAAAACAUCAUUUUUUGAUUAUCUUGUUGAAUGCAUUCAUAAAAGACCAUUUUGUGGAAAAAUCUGUGAUUUAUGUUUAAUUAAAAAAUCAAAUAAUUUAAAAUAUAAAACCUGAAAGUUCCAAAAAACACAAGAAGAAAAUUGAGAAGUGUAUGAAAGUUUAGUGGAAAGUUUGAGAGUGUUAAGUUUGUAAAGAUGUGUUGGUGAAAAGAGGAGAAAAAGCAUUUUCCACUAACACAUUCGCACAACCUACCAUUUUUAAAAUAUUAUUGGUUAGCUGAAGUGAAAUCUCAUAUAAAGUUAAGGAAAGGAUUGGAACACUCGUCUGAAUCAAUAACGAUGAUUAAUAUAGCUGGAGUUGUCAGUAUAACUUUGUUUUAUUUGCUUAUUUUGGGCGUUGGAAUUUGGGCCGGUCGGAAGAAAGAAGAAGGAAAUGAUUCGGAAGAAGAAGUUAUGCUUGCCGGCCGAUCCAUUGGCUUGUUUGUCGGCAUCUUUACGAUGACUGCUACAUGGGUUGGUGGUGGCUACAUCAAUGGAACGGCAGAAGCAAUUUACACCUCUGGGCUUGUAUGGUGUCAAGCUCCGUUUGGCUACGCUUUGAGUCUGGUCUUCGGUGGUCUCUUCUUCGCAAAUCCGAUGCGUAAGCAAGGGUAUGUGACAAUGUUGGAUCCAUUACAAGAUAGCUUUGGUGAGAGAAUGGGAGGGUUGCUUUUCUUACCGGCACUUUGUGGUGAAGUCUUUUGGGCAGCUGGAAUCUUGGCAGCAUUAGGAGCGACAUUAGCAGUGAUUAUUGAUAUGGAAAAAGAAACGUCAGUGAUAUUUUCAGCAUGUAUUGCCGUAUUCUACACACUCUUCGGUGGAUUAUAUUCAGUCGCUUACACUGACGUCAUUCAACUGUUUUGCAUUUUUAUCGGUCUUUGGAUGUGCAUACCAUUUGCGUGGACUAAUCCACACGUUAAAUCACUGUCAGGAAUGGAAGUUGAUUGGAUUGGUGAGAUUGGGGAGAAGAAGAUUUGGUUCUAUUGCGAUUAUGGACUUUUACUUGUCUUUGGUGGCAUCCCAUGGCAGGUUUAUUUCCAAAGAGUGUUGUCUAGUAAAACAGCGGGACGUGCUCAACUUUUAUCAUAUGUAGCUGCUUUUGGAUGUCUUGCUAUGGCAAUUCCUCCAGUUUUAAUAGGAGCUAUCGCUAAAGCAACUCCAUGGAACGAAACAGGUUAUACAGGCCCGUGGCCUUUAACAGAAGAAGAGACAAGCAUGAUACUGCCUAUGGUCUUACAAUACUUAACACCAGACUUUGUAUCAUUCUUUGGCUUGGGUGCUGUAUCAGCAGCUGUAAUGUCUUCUGCAGAUUCAUCAGUAUUAUCAGCAGCAUCAAUGUUUGCUCGCAACGUGUACAAACUCAUCUUCCGACAACGUGCAUCUGAAAUGGAAAUCAUUUGGGUCAUGAGAGGUGGAAUCAUAGUGGUUGGAAUUCUCGCUACAAUUAUGGCAUUGACAAUACCUUCAAUUUAUGGAUUAUGGUCCAUGUGCUCGGAUCUUGUCUACGUUAUCCUAUUUCCUCAGUUACUCAUGGUCGUUCAUUUUAAACAUCAUUGCAACACAUAUGGAAGCUUAUCAGCAUAUAUUGUGGCAUUCUUUGUGCGGUUAUGUGGCGGUGAGCCAAUUUUAGGAUUGCCUGCAGCAAUUCAUUUCCCUGGCUAUGAUGAAGAGACUAAUGAACAACUUUUUCCAUUCCGCACCAUGGCAAUGUUGAUGAGUCUAGUCACGCUUGCUGGCGUUUCGUGGCUGUCAAAAUGGCUUUUUGUGACUGGAAGGUUGGCACCAGAAUAUGAUUACUUCAGGUGCGUAGUGAAUAUUCCUGAUGACCAUAGGAGAGUUGACGAACCUUCAGAAGUAGACGGCGAACAGUUGUCUGUGAUGGCUGGUGUCAUGAAUCGAAUGUACGGAGCAGCUACAAUGGUUGGAAAAGAUGAAAGGAAUGGAAGAAUCAACCCAGCGUUGGAACCAGAUGACGACUUACCAGCGAUGGAAGCACAAAAACAAAUGCAACAGAUGGCGAUUCAAAGCGCCGCUGCCGCUAUUAGUGGAAGUGUCCCUGGGGGACAAGGUAGUACAGCAUUUUAACAUUAAAACAAAUUCACUUCAUUAAAGAAGUAAACAACUUAAUAAGAAAUAAAAGCAACUGAAACAUAUCAACAAACGAACACAUUUAGAAAACUUUUUGAAACUCAUACAUAUCAAAGUAAAAGAAAACAAAGAGUAAAUUAUGUUAAAGUUAGUAUCGUAAAAGUGAUUAAGAAUAAUUAAAGAGAUAAAGUAGUUCAACACUGCAUUUUAAUUAAAGUUGAGUUUAUGAGAAGUAAGAUUGCUGACAAAGAUGGUGAUGAAUUAAUAAAAUGGAUAAAAUUUUUCAAACUGAUUGGAAAAAUUUUAACAUUGAAUCAAUUGAACAAUCUCAAUCUACAUCGUAACUUCUCCUACCUAAUCUAUUUAUUAUGUAUCUACAUAAAUAUGUACACUGAGUUUUUGUUCACUCAAUACCGGAAAUAACUCGCAUUGACCUACACAAAAAUCUAUUAUGGCAAAGUUUAAUCUAUUGAACUUAAAUCUUAAGACAUUAAUUAAAUCUGUUGUUGGCUAUUUGUAGUUCUAUUUAUCGACUGUUCAAUAUUAAUUACUGUUAUCAUUGAUGAGUUCACUGACUCCAUAAAAACCAUUAAUAUUUAAGCUUAUUUUUAUCUCAAUUAUCCUUCUGAUUGAAGCAUUAUAAACCAUGGAGCUGUCAUGAUGAAGAAUCACCUACCAAAGAUUACUUAAAGUGGAAUAGUAAGAAGAAAAUGAAAUUUGUCAAGAGUGCAAUUGAAACGGUGCUAAGUAAUUCGAAGAAAUAGAUGAGAAAAGAAUUAUUUAUGAUGAAACCAAACAGAAACCAAAACUAUAACUAGAUUUAUUUUGUUUAUUGAUGCUUACCUCGGAUGAACAUAGUUCAAUGUGAAUACAAAACUCACAACUGUCUCUUUAAUAACUGAAGGCUUUUAAUUAUUCAUCAUCGAGUAAAUGUUAGAGUUGAGCUUUUCCAUGGUAAAUUAUAAUUGAUUAUAUAAUUGUCAUCUUUUUUUUUGUUUCCAAAUGAGAAAUAUAUAAACUUAGUUCUCAGAAAGUUAAUUGAAUUCUAUGACGUAUUAAAAUUAAUGUUGAAGAGUGAAUUAAAUUUAUCGAAAAAAAAGUUACAAAACCCAAAGCUUUGACUAGAACUGAUUUUAGACAAAUACUUGAAGAGAAAUUUAUCAAUUAGUGAACUUCAAAUGUAUAAAAGCAAAGUUAGAAAAUAUUAUUAACAUGGGAAUGAAAAUGGAUAAAUUAAAAGACGAUGAUAUCAUGAAAAAUUAAUUGAAAAAAAUCAAUACAUAUCACUAAACGCUAGCUAUACCUAUUUACAUAUACACAAAGAUCGUCAUGGAAAAUGUUUCUAAAGAAUUGUUAAAUGUAAAAUUGAAUUUAAAGAGAUGAAAGUUCUAUGAAUGUCGCAAAUGAUUAUUUUAUCCCAUCACAAAAGUAAUUGCUAUAAGUCGAAGUGAAGAAAUUAAAACGAUGAUGACAUUUGUGUCAAGAAAUUCUUCAAAUUGUUUUCCAAUCUUCACUAAGACAUGGAGUUGAAACAAGAGAAACUUAUACAUAUCAAAUGGUGUCCUUCCAUAUACUAAGGAUAAGCAGAAAAUAAUGAAAGUAAAACGAAUGAUAAUAUUUUUAGUGUUCUAUUAAUCUCAAAGACAAGCAAGAAAAAUAUUAUUGCCACUUAUUCGUGAUGUUAUCGAGUAAAAACAUAAUAAAAGUGAAUUAAAAAAAGUUGUUUGUUUUAUUCAUAAUUUUUAAUUUUAUAGAUCGUUGACAAUAUCAAAGCAACGACACUUUUC